AGAAUGGACUAUGAAACACAAAGCAUUCAUUCUGCCAUGAGUGAAGAUGAAAGCCCUGAGAUAACUGCAAAUAAUGAAAAUCUUGAAAUAACUACUACUAAUGAAAAUUCUGAAGUAACUAACAGAAGUCUUGAAGCAACUAAUGAAAGUUUUGAAAUAAUUACCGAAAGCCCUAAAGUAACUGAGGUUAAUAAAAAACAUAGAAGAAACAAUUCAGAAUUAUGGGUUUUUAAGGAAGGUCAUUUUAAUCAUGAUCCUCAAAAGGGUAAAAUAUAUGCUUUAUGA